AUGGGGGCAAGAGAGUGGUCCGCCGAUCCUUCGCCGAUAGAACUUCUUCGCGCCGCUGUAACUACCUGCACGCCGUCGAACCCCUCAAUUGACCAAGCGUUACUAGACAGGAGAGCCGAAACUCUGAACCUCUUUAAUCAGGAGUGGAAAUAUGGUAGUCCUCCUAUGAGCUUAUGGCCAGCCCUAAAGGGUAUUCGGCCACCUGCAUCAGAACAUCCUUUGGGGCGUCUACGCUUGGUAGAUGAUAUUGGCGCCUUGAAGUCUUUCGUUGAGAAGAUAGUAGUUGAUCCAGAAGGGGCGCAGGAGCUACAAGUUGAGAACUGUGACCAGCUAUGGCUGGUCCUACGUCGCUUACCACCGAGUACAACCAAUGAUGAGAUAGCGGCGCUCGUGAUGGACAUGAUUAGCAGACUCAGAAGGCUGGGCUUGAAAGUUCGCUCGAGUAUGUUCGAGCUCGGAAUGUACUAUGCCGCACUCAGCCUGUCAAUUCCGACUUUCAAACACUUCUUCACGCAAUGGAAAUACUCGGGAAAUCCAACAAUGCACUUCGGGGCACAGAUCAUCGAAGGUCUGUAUCAUGCGGUUGAUACAAAGCUUUUCAUAAACCCCAGUUACGAUACAAGGCCACUUCUCAAAAUGGUCACUGGCGAAGGGAUUCCUGGUCGCAGUUUGAAGGACGCAACUAUAGUAUAUGACAAAUUGCUUGCCACGAUCCGCCAAGAGCCCCGACUUGUGCUGCAUCUUCUUUGCCUCCUGACUGCGUUACAAAGUGACGUAUUUCUCUAUCGACUUUGGGAUAAAUUUCUGAGAAGGGCCUCAAGCUGGAACGAAGAGAUCUUCUAUGGCGCAUACCACGUUGUUCAAGCUUUGAUUAAAUUCCAAAGAUCAGAAACAGCCCUCGAUUUUUUGGAAAGCUUGGCGAAGCAGUGUAAUGGCACCUUGCCACACCUCACCACGGCACCAAACCUUCAUGUUCUCACAGACGAUCGUAUAGUUGGGAAAGGUCUGCCAGAUCUGCUCAAUGAUACCGACUACCAGAGUCUGAUCGAUACGCGGUUCCAAGAUAUGGAACAAAGACUGGGCAUCAGAUGGGAAGGAGAGCACCAGGUGCAUCAAAAUAUUGCGCUCAAUACCGCGACUGGGUCAUGGUCAGAGUUCACAGACCACCCGCUGAUCACCAUUGACGGAGACUGCAGUGGCUAUGACGACAUGUCACGUCUUUGCCCUGAAAUCGCCACCCACGGCUGCUCUAAAUCUCCAGAGGAACUGGGGCAGAUCGCAGAGCUGCUUCAGGAAUUGGAAGGCAAUGUCCAGCCCGUACAAGUGGAGCUUCCUACAAAUCCGGCUACGCAAUUGAACUACACACAGUCUUUACCACAGUUCCGGUGGUGUCCCCAGCACCUGCCGAUCCAAUUCUCCGACUGCUUGAUUCCGACCUCGACCAACCAACCCCAGAGGUGGACACCGACUUCUCUAGGUUUGAUACGUGCCCGGCUUCUUGUAAAAGGGGCCCCUUCAGAUGGCCUGGGUUGCUUGCACUUAAUGCAAGUAGGGUAUCUAGAAAUGCAGGGUAGCGGCGGAUCCUGGCAAGAUUCCGGGUACGUGGUGGCGUGGGAUCGUCGGCUUGGCCAUCUUAUAGGUCUCUUCGUCGGUGCUGGAGUAGGGAUCGUCAAUCCUGGCCGGCCCCCGGGAGAAGCACCGUUUGGCCCUAUGUUGUACAUUUGCCCGGACGAGAUGCGUCGGUCUGUACGUCGUCUUCCGUCCCAUUCACGGACUGAUGGGGGCUCGUAUUAUAUUGAUGUUGACCCGGCUCAAGACUUGGAAUCUCUGUGA